AUGAAGUCCUUAGGUCUCUCCACCAUCCUCGCUCUCUCUUUGCCUUUUGCUGCUUUGGCCGGCCAUAUCAACCAGCACUUCAAUCGUCACCAAGAAGUUGCCAAACGAGCUCCAGGUGAAGUACAUCUGCAAAAGCGGUUUGACAGCGCUCGUUGGUCCUACUACGAGACGCAAACUGGCAGCGCUGGAGCAUGCGGACAAUUCCUGAGCGAUGGCGACUUCAUCGUAGCUUUGAAUACACCCCAAUACGGUGGAGGCUCCCCAGGACCCCAGUGCUUCAAGACCAUUACCAUGACUUACAAUGGUAAAACAACCUCUGCCAGGAUCAUGGACCAGUGCCCUGGAUGUCCUUAUGGCGGGUUGGAUCUCUCACCCGGCCUUUUCCAGUUCUUUGCUCCGCUGGGCACCGGCAUUAUCUAUGGUACCUGGUAUUUCGGUUCCGCCCCAGCUCCUGCUCCUGCUCCCACUACCACCUGGCAACCACCCGCACCAACCACUACGUGGAAACCAUCCCCAACCUCCACCUGGUCGCCUCCCCCAACAACGUCAACUACGAAAACCUCGUCGAGCAGCUCCUCAAGCAGCUCAUCAUCGUCAUCAUCGUCAGCGGCGGCCUCGAGCUCCUCCACGCAUCACUCCAGUACCAGUACCUCCUCAAGCGCACCCGCCGCCAGCCUUGCUGCAGCGCAAGGGCCCAAUGCACUCGAAAGCCUUGGCCAAGCGUUUGUUCAAAUUGGUGGAAUUAUGGUCGCUGGUGCUAGUGCCAAUUAA